GUAAUUUUGACAGCAGUGAUGAAGAAGAUACUCCAAGUAACCUUCCUACUUCUGGACCUCUUCACCAGGGCUCAACUUCUAACGCACCACAAACUGGAAAUAUGGCAGGCGUCACAUCCAAUAAACACACUAAGCAGCAAGAUCAUCCAACAAUGUACCAUUUGGUUGGUGAUAAUGUGGACAAAGGAAUAAAACAGCGGAUAUGAGAGUUGGUACCAGUAAGCCGGAUGAUAUUCACUACUUCCACUCCUAUGCUGUCGGUGACCGAAUUGACUUCAUGAAUCUCAGUGACCAAGUUAUUCCGACUCUACAGCAAAAUUCUGAACAAGUUGCUGUUUCCUUAUUACCAACAUCUGACGAUGAUCUCGCUCUUCGUAACAACAUGUGUAUUCUCAUGUCCAGAAUCCUCUACGAAAACAUGGGAUUCUUCAAUCUAGCUUUUGAUGGUGUCGUAGAUUGGCACAUCAAGCAUCAAUUCUAUGACGAGAUGUCAACAAAGUCAAAAGUGCACCCUCUCGGAAUUCUACCUAAAGACGAAAACAAAACCGAGCACAUGAUUGACAUAAUGUCUGAUUUACAGCAAUAUGUUCCUAUGGUGGAGAUGGUCAAGGACUUCUAUAUUCCAACUAUAGCCAGGACUGUGCCAGUGGUGACUGCUCGAGCUUAUCUCUUACAGUUUGCAGGGGACCAAAAGACUGCGGCUAGGGCGAGAGGAGCACAGAAGGCCAAAGUGAAUGAAGUGUCUCCUUCCGGCCAACUGGUUGGAUUAGUCCCUGUUGCAACUGAUUGGCACACAAAAGUGAUAUUGUUGAAUGUUAUCUGGAAGUUUUUCUACUCUUACAAUUCAUCAGGAGACCAUGGUACACUCUACCAGAUCCGCAACAAGCUGAAUCGCACAAAUGUGGUGAAGAGUCCCAAAAAAGAUGUCAAUGCCUGUGAAGACUUCAUUGAGAUAGUGACUGACAGUCUUGUUGUUGUUGCCGCUCUUGCUACCUUUCAACUAAAGUCUGCAAAUGACACCCCUGUUGAAUCCUUCCUUCCGACGGAUAUUUGGACUCUGUCUGACAGUGAGAGACGCGAGUGCUUGAUAAAGCUCUGUGAAAAGGUCUAUGACAAAUUCGUGCAUUUCAGCUACAACACGAGUGUGAGAGUGUUAACAGGUGAUGAUCAAGUGUGUGAGUACUCAGUGCAGCUGUUGCGUCUUGGAUGCUUCUACAUGGAGUUCAAAGAUGCUAUUAGGGAAGGUGAUGGUGAGCGUGUGUUGAGGUGCUGGAAGUACAUGAUACCCAUAUUUUCGGCUUCUGGGAACAGGAACUACGCUUGCGAGGCAGCAAACCUCCUUUUACAACACAAGUACACACUUUCCCCUAGAUUGUCAGCACAGCUUAUGUGGAGUCGUUUUGUGAAUACCACUGGCCGACCUGGGAAGAACAUUCCUGUAGACCUACACAUGGAGCACCUAAAUAAGAUAGCUAAAGGCGCUAUUCGAUUUCAGGGCUCCAAUCGAUCAAUAAAAGCGAUUAAACGAAUUGGCAGAGCAAUUGGGACACUUUCUCCAAUGCUUGACAACUUUGACUCUGUCAACCAUGUUACUACUACAUCCAGCAGACAAAGAAAGCCUAAUUCACAGAAGGACAUCCAUGUGGUAGUCAAUGAACUUGUAGAAAGUCAAUCAUUUGUUAUAAUACGCAAGGGAAGAAAGCAUCGUAAAUUUCCCCAUCCAAAGGAUGUUUUGAAUGGCAAAGAGAAGAAAACAAUCGUUGACUGGCUUAUGAGUAAAUUGCCUACCUCCUUUUGAUUGAACCUUGGACUUUACUCAAAACUUAUUAUUUUAUUGGCCUCAUGCUUCAAUUCAUUAUUUUGUUGAUCAACA